AUGACCCUUUUCUUCCGCUUUUUGCAGGCAUUUUUGGCACUGCUGCUCCUUGGUGCAGCAACCGCUGAACACACUUCCAACUGGGCGGUGUUGGUUUCCACCUCUCGGUUCUGGUUUAACUAUCGCCAUCUCGCCAAUGUCCUUUCGCUGUACCGAACCGUCAAGCGACUUGGCAUUCCCGACUCCCAGAUCAUUCUGAUGCUUCCCGAUGACAUGGCCUGCAACCCUCGCAAUGCUUUCCCAGGAACUGUAUACAGCAAUGCAGAUCGUGCAGUAGAUCUGUACGGCGACAACAUCGAGGUGGACUACAGGGGCUACGAAGUAACAGUGGAGAACUUUAUUCGACUAUUGACAGACCGUCUGGACGAAGACGUCCCACGUAGCAAGCGUCUCGGUUCGGAUGCUGGAAGCAAUGUGCUAGUAUACAUGACAGGUCACGGUGGUGACCAGUUUCUCAAGUUCCAGGAUGCGGAGGAGAUUGGCGCAUGGGACUUGGCCGACGCAUUCGGACAGAUGUGGGAGAAAAAACGUUACCAUGAGCUCCUUUUUAUGAUUGAUACCUGCCAGGCAAACACCAUGUACACACAUUUCUAUUCACCGAACAUUGUGGCUACAGGUUCCAGUGAACUCGAUCAAUCGUCCUACUCCCACCACGCAGACAACGACGUCGGGGUCGCCGUGAUCGACCGCUGGACCUACUACGUGCUCGAGUUCCUUGAAACACAAGUGACCAGCGCCAACUCAAAGUUGAAUCUUGGUGAUCUGUUUGACUCGUACGACGAGUCGAAGAUUCAUUCACAACCUGGUGUCAGAUGGGAUCUUUUCCCCGGAGGCGAGCAAGAAGGCCGCCUGCGUACUGUGGUAGAUUUCUUCGGCAAUGUCCAAAAUGUCGAAGUCGAGAACGCCAAUGCGACGGAUCCAGGUUCCCUCAAAGAAGACCUGGCCGAGAUCGCGCGUCUAGUUGAGAAGUGGCAGAAGCGCGACGAGGAGUAUGCGUCCAUUCUUAGUAACUCGUCUCAACAACCCGAUGCCAACCCUUCAGCUAUACCAUUGACUCCCAAGAAGACCAUCGGGCCUACCCGAAUGACCGAUGAUAGUAGUUGGGGCAAGCGACUGGUCGGGUUAUCUGUUGUGGGCGUAUGUACCGCAGUCUGGGUAGCCGGGUCGAUCCUAGGUCGCUCAACUGCCUAA